CCAUUUUGAUUUUUCCUGUCGCUUGACAGGCCGGUGUUGGGGAAUAUUAACGUUUUUAUUCCUUUUUCACCACAAUUUCAAUACCUAAAUUUGUGUUAAUGAAGUGAUAAGUGAGACAACAAAAUGGCUCGAUACGGUCAGAGACCGGAAAAUGCCCUUAAACGGGCCAAUGAGUUUAUGGACCUGGACAAACCGGCAAGGGCCCUGGACACGCUGCAGGAAGUUUUCCGAAACAAGAAAUGGGCGUACAAUUGGUCGGAAUCGGUUCUCGAACCGAUCAUGUUCAAGUAUCUGGAGCUUUGCGUGGACCUUCGCAAGUCGCAUAUCGCGAAGGAGGGGCUAUUUCAAUAUAGAAAUAUGUUCCAAUCAGUUAACGUUGGUUCCUUAGAGCAGGUCAUACGAGGUUAUCUCCGGAUGGCAGAGGAGCGUACAGAGGCAGCAAGAGCUCAAUCAACCCAAGCAGUCAUUGACACUGACGACCUCGACAACCUAGCUACUCCAGAGAGCAUUCUUCUCAGUGCUGUGUCUGGAGAAGAUGCUCAGGAUAGAUCUGACAGGACUAUCCUUACUCCAUGGGUUAAAUUCCUCUGGGAGUCGUACUGCCAAUGCCUAGAGCUGCUCCGUACGAACGCACACGUGGAGACCUUGUACCACGACAUUGCGCGUAUGGCGUUCCAAUUUUGCCUCAAGUAUUCACGGAAAACUGAGUUCAGGAAGCUCUGUGACAAGUUGAGGAAGCAUCUCGAAGAUAUUUGUAAGCCUACUGUUCAAACUGGCAAUGUUAGUAUCUCCAAGCCUGAAACCCAACAGCUCAACCUGGAGACGCGUCUCUUCCAGCUCGAUAGCGCUAUCCAGAUGGAACUUUGGCAGGAAGCCUACAAAGCAAUAGAAGACAUUCACAACCUAAUGAACAUGUCCAAGAAGACUCCCGUAGCCAAAACCAUGGCUAAUUAUUAUGGGAAGCUAGCUCUCGUCUUCUGGAAGGCUGGACACUGCUUGUUCCACGCUGCUGCGCUUUUGAAGCUCUUCCAACUAUCUAGGGAGAUGAAGAAGAAUAUUACGCAGGAGGAAUUGCAGAAAAUGGCCUGCCGCGUCCUUGUGGCAGUUCUGUCGGUGCCCUUACCGUCUCUGCAUCCCGAAUUCGAUCGCUUCGUGGAGACCGACAAGAGCCCCGUGGAGAAGGCCCAACGGCUCGCCGUUCUGCUCGGGCUGGCCCAACCCCCUACUAGAGCCAACUUGUUGAAGGAUGUGGUGCGUCUGAAUGUAGUAGGCUUGGCAUCGCCGCAGCUGCAGCAGCUGUACGCAUGGCUGGAGGUGGAGUUCGAUCCGCUCACCAUCUGCCACAAUGUACAGAGCGUCGUCAAAGCACUCAACGAUGAUCCUAAUUCUCUCCUAGCCCAAUACACUGUCGCCCUAACGGACGUAGCACUAGUCCGUCUCAUUCGACAAACGGCUCAAUGCUACGCCUGCAUCCAAUUUUCUCGACUGCUGGAGCUAGCAGGCACUGAUGACUUGUUCCAUUUGGAACGCCUGCUUGUCGAUUGCGUGCGACAUAACGAUAUGCAGAUACGGGUCGAUCAUGCUAACAAGUGUGUGCACUUCGGUGUAGAAGCUGGUGGGGGCGAGUGGUGCUCGACUGCUGAUGAGGCGUGUGGAGGAGCCAUCCUGCAGGCCACUCCGGCUGAGCAGGUUCGCGGGCAGCUGGUGCGCGCCGCCGAGGUGCUGACGCGCGCCGUCCAGACGCUGUACCCUCAGCGGCGACGGGCGGAGAGGGAACGUGCUCGGGCCGUCAUGGUACAGCACUACCACGAGAACAAGCACGCCGAGCACCAUCGCGUCCUACAGAGGCACAAGAUCAUCGAGGAGAGGAAGGAGUACAUUGAGCGGCUAAAUACCGUCCGAGAGGAGGAGGAAUUGAGGCGUCAAGAGGAGCAACUUCGCGUGGCGGCAGCGGCUGAAGCGCGUCGACAAGAACAAGAGCGCGAGGAACGCGAGAAGCGACGCCACGCCUCAGAGAUGCAAGCCAUGAGAGAGCGACAUCUAAGAGAGAGAAUGGCGCUGAUCUCACAGACGCAACAUGGAAAGAAGGUCCUGCAGAAGCUUGAUGAAGAGGAUCUAAAGAAAAUGGACGCCGAAGCAAUCGCGCAACGCGAGGCCGAAGAACUGAUGAAGGAACGUCGCGAGCUUCAAGCGAGACUCAAAUCACAAGAGAAGAAGGUCGACUAUUUCGAAAGAGCUAAGCGCCUGGAGGAAAUACCAUUGUUGCAAAAGAGUUUAGAGGAGAAACAGGUUCAGGAUAAGGCGUUUUGGGAAGCGCAGGAGAAGGAGCGUAUAGCGCAACUCAUUGAGGCGCGUUCCCGUGACGUAGCCACCUCAGCCCGUCUAGCACGGAUGCAUGCGCAUCGCGACGAGUUCAUCGCUCGUCUUUGUACUGAGCGCAGUGCCGCCUACCAGCAACGACUGCAAGCCUUUAAUGAGAAACUUGCUGCCGAGCGAGAGAAGAGAUUGGCAGAGCGGCGUAAGCAACGCGUUGAAAGGAGACGACAGGAGCAUCUGCAGUGGCUGGCCGAGAAACGUCGCGCAGAAGAACGCGCAGCGGAAGACGCGAAGCGCCAGAAAGAGGAAGAAGAACGCAAAGCACGUGAGGAUCGAGAAAGGCAAAAAGCCGAAGAGAUCGCUGCGCUCAAGGAACGCAAGGAAAAAGAACACCUGGAAAUGUUAGCUCGUGUAGAAGCUAAAUCACGAGCCAAAGAGCAAGAAGUCUUACGUCGUUUGGAAGAACAAAAGACCGCCACGAGCGGAGGCAGUAGCAGCACCUGGCGGCGCGAUAACCCUAAAGGUGAAGAAAGCGCCUGGCGUGCCAAAGGAGGGGAACCACAUGAAGGGAAAGAACCAAGGGAACCUAAGGAGGGAAGGGAACCUAGGGAGGCCCGAGAAACUAGGGAGCCGCCAGCUAAGGAUCCUGAAUCGAAACCAUGGAGACCAACUCGUCACCGGGACGAACGCGCGCCGCGCUCCCCUGAUCGGCGAGGCCCACCUAGAGAUGAGAGAGGUCCCCCCAGAGAAGAACGUGGCCCGCCUAGAGAGGAGAGAAGCCUGCCGUCCAGGGAGGAAAGGGGUUCGGCAAGGGAGGAGAGAGGCCCGCCAUCAAGAGAGGAGCGAGGCCCAUCGUCGAGGGAGGAGCGGGGUCCACCACUAAGGGACGAGAGGGGACCACCACCGAGAGAAGAUCGUUCGUCCAGGGAUGACAGACGUGAACGUGACGAGCGUCCCCGUGAAGAACGUCUACGCGAAGACCGUCCGAGAGACGAAGGAGGUUGGCGAUCAGCUGCUCGCGAUCCCCCACGCGAUCCAGACCGUGACAGAGCACGUUACGGCGGUCGAUCCAGUGGCCCGGAAAGCGGCAGCUGGCGUAGAGGCCCUGCAGACCCACCACCCGCGCCUUCUGAACGUUCUGGAGCAUGGCGUUCUAAAGAUGGCCCACCGCGCGAUGAUCGUGACCGCGACGGUCCGCGUCGCGACGACCGCGGCGACCGCGACGGUCCGCGCGGAGACCGCGACGGACCGCGCGGAGACCGCUUCCGCGACGCUCCGCGCGAACCCUACCGCGGGCGCGACAGCGACAGACGUGACGACAGAGACCGCUUUAGGAGGGAUGAUCGUGAUGUAUCUAGGAGGGAAGAUCGUGACGGUCCUCGCCGCGACGAUCGAGAUGGUCCACGUCGCGAUGACCGCGACGGUCCGCGCCGCGACGAUCGCGAUCGCGAACGUCGACCACCGCCGCCGCGUCGCGAAGAAAAACCUCGCGAUCCCGACGGUGACGACUGGCAACCUGUCACAAGACGUUAACUGCUUCACUAAUACUACUAACUCUAGAAUAGUGCUGGCUCAUACGUCCACAUGUAUCCUAACAUUUAGAAUUCUCGUUUGUAUGACCAAGUGUUUUUGCUGUCUGUACAGCCUUUGAUAUUUUUGUAAAAUCAUUGUUAUAUCGAUGAUUCUAGGUGCAUUUCAAUUGUUGCAGAUUCCUUAAAUUCAUUAAGGGUGACUGAUUUUGAUCUUAACGUAUUCACGAAAUUGACCAUAUGUGUGCAGAUAUUUUUGGUUAGUGUGACUGAAUACUUUUUGACGUUUACUGUAGAAUUUACAUUUGCAAAUAUGUUGUGUAAUAUAAAUAAGGUUGGAAAGUCAGGCAGUGGUCUCAAAACUACCUGAUCAUUUACUCCACCACCACAUGUGCUAUCUAAUGUUGAGGUGUGUUACAAACUUCAUUUAAUAUUAAAAAAUGACCUAAGUUGUCGGUCCUUCGUGUCAUGUUUACGUAAAGAUAUGUACAAAGUGAACCAAGAAUAGCUUCUUUGAAAAAAUUAAAAUCAGAUUGAGUAGUACAACACUAGUAGGGGGAUAUAAUAUUUUGCAUUACAACGUGAAAACGAACAGUAUUAAGAAAUAAAUUUACGUAAAUUCUGUUUGUAACGCGCUCGUAGAUUUGGUAUGAUAAAUAAGUCUCAAAAAUCUCAAGAAGCCGUGGUAGCCUAAUGGGUUGACCUACUGCCUCUCCAGCAGAAGGUCGUAGGUUCGAAUCUGGGCUCGCAUCUCUUGAGUUUCUCGGGAUUUAUGU